GAAACGAAGAGUAAGAAAGGCUUUGGAAAGGCCGAUGCCGCGUUUGAGAAGACACUCUGAUUUCCCAUCUUUAUCCUGGAUCCCAAACACAUCUGAUGAACAGAACGCUGGUUAAACAUAGCUAGUUAGCGACUACGUGAAAAUGCAACUGGCUCUGAGUAAAACCUUUGGCCAGAAACCAGUUAAAUUUCAAUUAGAACCAGAUGGGGACUUUUACAUGGUUGGGUCUGAGGUUGGAAACUAUCUGCGCAUGUUCAGAGGUUCUUUGUAUAAAAGAUAUCCAUCUCUAUGGAGAAGGCUAGCCUCGGUGGAGGAGAGGAAGAAAAUCGUAGCAUCAUCACAUGCUACAAGUGUUACUCUGCUGAAGGCAUCAGAAUGUGAAGAGAUCUUCGAGGGUAAUGAUGAGAAAUACAAGGCGGUGUCCAUCAGCACAGAGCCUCCAGCUUACCUCAGGGAGCAGAAGGCAAAGAGGAGCAGUCAGUGGGUCCCCACGCUGCCCAACAGCUCUCACCAUUUAGAUGCUGUGCCUUGCUCCACCACCAUCAACCGUAACCGAAUGGGCCGUGACAAGAAGAGGACCUUCCCACUGUGCUUUGAUGACCAUGACCCUGCAGUGAUCCAUGAGAAUGCAGCCCAGGUAGAAGCACUGGUUCCCAUUCGUCUAGACAUGGAAAUAGAUGGACAGAAACUGCGAGACGCCUUUACAUGGAACAUGAAUGAAAAACUGAUGACCCCAGAGAUGUUUGCAGAGAUUUUAUGUGAUGACCUGGACCUGAAUCCUCUGGCCUUUGUCCCCGCCAUUGCCUCAGCCAUUCGUCAGCAGAUUGAGUCCUACCCCACUGACAGUAUACUGGAAGAGCAGGCAGACCAGAGAGUCAUCAUCAAGCUGAACAUCCACGUGGGAAACAUUUCUUUGGUGGACCAAUUUGAGUGGGACAUGUCUGAGAGAGAGAAUUCGCCAGAGUCAUUUGCACUGAAGCUGUGCUCUGAGCUGGGUCUAGGUGGAGAGUUUGUAACCACUAUUGCCUACAGCAUUCGUGGUCAGCUCAGCUGGCACCAGAGGACCUAUGCCUUCAGUGAGAACCCACUCCCGACAGUAGAAAUUGCCAUCCGCAACACAGGUGAUGCUGACCAGUGGUGCCCCCUGCUGGAGACCCUCACAGAUGCUGAAAUGGAGAAGAAGAUUCGAGACCAAGACAGGAACACAAGGCGUAUGAGACGAUUGGCCAACACCGCUCCUUCCUGGUAGAAAGAGACAUGAAGCUGCAUCAGAUGAAGGGUCCUCUGGAGAGUCCUCAUACUCAGAUGACGUUUCCUCUGGAGACUCCUGGUACUCUGAAAUGAUCGCUAAAUACACAUACACACACACACACACACACGUAUGUUCCUGUAAGCAUGACUACACUCACAGAAAUGUUGUCAGUCUCCAUGGGUACCUUACACAACACACACAUCCAGGCAUUCCUCUGCACACACAGUAUGCUAUAUGUUUCACCUUGCCUUCUGCACAUCAGUCAGCAACAGUUAAAAUCUAACCUUAACUAGAAGUUACACGCACCACACCAUGCAACAUUUCAUACUGGGCAUGUUAAGUCAAAACACUUGGCAUUACAGUACAAUGACUGAUUUUCAUGUAUCUGUAUGAAUACAACAUGGAAAUUGUUUAUAUAAUAUUAUCAGGACAACUCUUAAAACAAUCCUUUUAAAUUAUUCAGAUCUUUAUUAUAUCUGUAACAGAGGUCUGCCGGUGGUUUGAGAUGAUUCAAAUGAUUCACAUCAUUUUCAUACUCAGCAACCAUUCAGUAACCCCUCUUUGCCCUAUGGAUAGUGAUAUUGUGAUUCUGGAACAGAUCACUCCCAUUACAAUAGAAAUGUUUCAUCAUAGGCUAAAGAUGACCUUCCCUCUAAGGGAACACAAAUCAUGCCAACACAGCAUAACUGAGCCCCUGACUAUAGGGGUCAAGCAUUCAGGCUUUAUCAUUCUCUAUGUGUACACCACACUUGUGGAGAACAUGAUGAAUGAUUCAUCUGACCAGCGUGUUGAUAUAACAACAAAAUAAGACAAUAAAUGGAUAUAUCCACAACCUGCUUGCUGACAUGAGUAUACUAUGGGAGGAGUAAAGAUUAAAGAUGUGUCUUGGAGAGAUAAAUACAUAAUAAUAAAUUGUUUGUUGAUCCAUAUUCUCAUGGGAAACAUUGGCUUAAAUGAUUUCCACACCAGACAAAAGAGCAGAAAUGGGCCUGGUGCCAAUAGUUGCCAGUUGUAUUUUUUUCAUCCUCUGUUUAACUGUUAUGUAGAAAAAUAGCAAAAACAAUAUUAUUGCCCAAGAUACAUGAUGUCAUCACUUAGCUGCUGUUUCAGACCAAAGGACAGCACUGUUUGUUUUGUUUAAGGCACGUGUGUAGGAGCAGCACUGUCCAUCUGAAACCGCUUGAUAGACAGACUGACAUCACUUAGUUUAAGCCUGCUUCCUUUAAUGGUUUCAAAUGGAACUUUUGGCCCUAAAUUAUAUUUUCCCUCCAUUUUAGCAAUCCACCGAAGGAAAAUGACAGAGUAGUGAAGGGACAGUCAACAAGAAAGAAAGAGAGAGGCAAGCGGUUGUUUUUACACUUGUACUAAUCGGUCAUAGAUGCUAAAAAUAUUUAGCACUCUGCUCGUACUACAUUCUGAAGCGAGUGCUUUAAUUAAUAGUUUUCCAAAAUAGGCUAUAUAUCAUGAUUUAUUAAAUGAAACCAAGUAAUUCCAUAUAAAAUCAGACAUUCAGCACCCUCAUAUAGCCCGGAUGGAAUAAUCCUUGUUUUUAUAACCAAAUUUCCGACAGAAAAAAAAUCUCUCUUUUCCAAAAAGUGAGAGUUGAAUCGGGCUCCUGUGAUUAAAUAGUCACCUAUUUGGUGUCACCCCUAGACUAUACGAAUAAAACUGGCCUUGCACAUCAAACCUUGGUCAUUGGAAGAUACACCAGAAAUAGUACAUAAUGCUGCUAUGUGUAGGGUUUGACAAUUUCUGACUUGGGUGACUGAUAGCUAAAGGAUCCAAAAAGAUAGAGAAUAAAAGUCCCAAUUCUCAUUAGGAUAGUGUGAAUUAGUAAGCAAUCCUUCCUAUGAACAAACUCUUAUGCUAUCAGAAUCAUUUGGAAAUUGCAUAAAUCUAAGUCAGUAAAUCCUACUUAUUUAUAGGGGCUUUAAUACAUGUUGUGUACACAGUGAGCCACAUCAGUUUUUGGCUACUUAGGUAUGCUUUGGCAGAUGUUAGUGUUUGUUGCCUAACUGAGAUAACCAGUGUGCAUGCGUAAAAUCAAACUACAAGCCAAGGCCAAGUUUUUGCAACCAGUCAGAGGGGGUUUGAUUUUUGCAUGUAGACAUGUUAUUUAUGCACCUGUGUUCAUCUGCAUGCUAAAACAUAGGUAGUUCAUACUGUAUCCUGUGCAUGAGGGACUCAUUGUUCCCAUUGUUACUUCUGUUUGCACCGUGCCUCACAUUGAAUCAGUGUCAGCAAGCUGACGAGAACCAAUGGUGUCUUUUUAAUGUGAUGAUUUUCAAGUUGAACAUAUGUUAACGUAUGUAAUUCACUGUCACUUCUUGUCCUCUUCUUUUGUAAAAUUGCUAAACCUUUAUAGUGGACUUUUUUUAUAAAUGAAAAGUAACAUUAAAGAAAAACUUGUUGGAAAAAU